AGUUCCUUCCCCCGGAAGCGGAGGAGUAGGUGUGCGCUCCAGCUGGUUGGGUGUCAUGGCGCUGUGCAGAGUGUCCGUCCUGGGCUUGCGGGCUGCCCGCGGGGGGAAUCAAAUAAGUCAAAGAUUGCGGCUCAGAAGCACCGAGAAGAGAGUAGCCGGAGAUUUCCUUCACCAGCAGUCCUUACUUCCCCAUCAAACAUUCAGAAAUGCAGGGGGUCCUGCAGGGGUCCCAGGACCAGGAGGUGACAGCUCACUGUAUGCUCUGAUCGUGGGAGUGAGCGCCCUGGGGGCCGGAAUCUAUGUGUACAGGACACUUCAAGGAGAUAAAGCACGUUUUCGUGAACGGAACUCCUACCUUUCCAGAAGACAAACAGAUUUAAAAGAGGAAGUCAAGGCAACUGAGACUAUAGAUGAGCAAAAAGUAAAAGAAGUAGAAGCAACUGGAAUGGUAGACAAUCAAACAGCUCCCCAAACAGUAGAGUCUGCACAUCCUGCACAGCUCCCCUCUCAUGUUCCUUUCCUUUUGAUUGGUGGAGGAACUGCCUCAUUUGCUGCUGCUCGAUCCAUCCGUGCCAGAGAUCCUGGGGCUAGGGUUCUGAUUGUGUCGGAUGAGUCUGAACUCCCUUACAUGAGGCCACCCCUUUCCAAAGAGCUCUGGUUCUCUGAAGACCCCCAUGUAACUGAAACACUACGUUUUAAACAAUGGAAUGGCAAGGAAAGGAGUAUCUUCUUUCAACCACCCUCUUUCUAUGUGCCUCCGGAACAGUUAAUGUCUGUGGAGAAUGGCGGAGUGUCUGUGCUGACCGGAAAGAAGGUCGUCCAUAUGGAUGUGCGAGAGAAUAAAGUGAAACUGGAUGAUGGAACUCAAAUAUCAUAUGAAAAGUGUUUGAUUGCAACAGGGGGUGUUCCAAGAAGCCUUCCAGCAAUAGAAAGAGCUGGGGAAGAAGUGACUAAGAGAACAACUUUAUUCAGACGGAUUUCUGAUUUCCGUACUCUGGAAGCGAUCUCUUCUUCUGUUGGUUCUAUCACGAUCAUUGGGGGUGGAUUCUUAGGCAGUGAGUUGGCAUGUGCACUGGGAAGAAAAGGAACACAAACAAGCCUAGAAGUAAUCCAGAUGUUUCCGGAGAGUGGGAACAUGGGGAAAGUCCUCCCAGAAUAUCUCAGCCACUGGACAACUGAGAAAGUACAAAGAGAGGGUGUUAAUGUCCUGUCGGAUGCAGUAGUAAAAUCAGUCAGCUAUCAGAAUGGAAAACUUCACAUUCAGUUAAAGGAUGGACGACAGGUGCAGACAGAUCACAUUGUUGCUGCAGUCGGUCUGGAACCAAACACGGAACUGGCAAAAUCAGCUGGUCUAGAACUAGAUGGAGACUUUGGCGGGUACAGAGUCAAUGCAGAGCUGCAAGCUCGCAAUAAUGUGUGGGUGGCUGGAGAUGCAGCCUGCUUUUAUGAUAUUAAACUGGGCCGUCGGCGGGUUGAACACCAUGAUCAUGCAGUUGUCAGCGGAAGACUUGCUGGAGAGAACAUGACAGGAGCUGCCAAACCAUACUGGCACCAAUCUAUGUUCUGGAGUGACCUUGGUCCAGAAGUUGGUUAUGAAGCCAUAGGUAUCGUGGACAGUGCCCUUCCAACAGUGGGAGUGUUUGCCAAAGCUACAGAGAAAGACACACCCAAAAGAGCAGCUGAGGAAAGCGGAACAGGAAUUCGCUCUGAGAGUGAAGUCGCGGAAACUGGGCCAGUGGAGGAGGUGAAGCCUCCAGCUUCUUCAUCUGAAUUCGCUCCCUCACAACAGGGUGACAACUAUGGAAAGGGAGUGGUGUUUUAUCUGCGUGACAAUGUGGUGGUUGGCAUGGUCUUAUGGAACAUCUUCAACCGUAUGCCCAUUGCAAGAAAGAUAAUAAAAGAUGGAGAACAACACUCUGACUUGAACGAGGUGGCUAAGCUGUUCAAUAUUCAUGAGGAAUGAAAACACCAAUAAGGAUUAGUCAUGGAAGUUAACAGCAGUACGUUUUCACCCGGAUACUGCACCUCACUACUCUCCUGCCGCCAAGACCUGCAAGUUUUUGGUCUCUUUUUAAAUUGUUCAACCAAAAAUAAAUAAAUAGAACUCAAAUAUAAUUACAAACUGCACCCCGCCCUCUCAAGCUGGCAUCAGUAUUGAUGAAGAAUGCACCAGAAAUCUCUGCAGUGUAAAUUUCACAACUGCUUUGCUGCUGCCACCUCAUGGGGGUGUGCACUGGAAUUAUUCAAAGAAAAUCCUGUCUCCGAAACAAGUAAACUGAAGUUACGUUUUAUAAUUCAGCGAGAACAACUGAUCUUUCUGACCUAAGCACUUACUGAUUUACUAUUGAUUCCCCAGCAGACCAAGAAUACAUACAUAUGCACGGGUAAAUACACACAGUGAAGAGUUGUGUAUAUUGUGGCCUAACUAUGUACAUUUUAAUGUCUAAAUUAAAAUGCAAAUCUCUAGUA